AUGGACAAUCAAGGAAAAAUAACAGCAUCAGAAGAACUCGCACCUCUUCUGGAAAGCUCGAAAAACAAGAACAUCGACAAGCCCCUGUUUUUGAUGCAGCAUCAUGAUCCGAUAAAUAAGAGAAUACAGACUUGCUACUACUUCUUUGACGGCAGUGAUUCUCCCGACGAGUUACCUUGCAAGCCAUUCAUUCUCACUGAAUUGUUUCUACAAAAUUUUAUUUACCCAAAACGACUUCGUUGGGGUUUCGAUAGCGAAUUCUUCAGCGGCCUCACGAGAUCUCAAUACGCGAAAAGAGACCAUUAUGACACAAAUAUUGAGCUUUGCAAUGACGAAACGUAUGCAAUAUACUGGCUGAGUUGCCGAAACGGGGUGCCUUGUCAAGAUGGUUUUGACAAAGAAUUUGGAGGCCGAUUGAAGGUGGUGCAACAGAAUGAGUACAAAAGAGUCGUGUGCGUGUGA